AUGCCUCACAUCCCGCUGACACCUCGAGAGGCACGCGGAGUUCAUUGCUUCAAAAGGCUCAAGACGUAUGCCAACUUCCCAGAAGCACCUCAGGAGGAGGCUUCUCUCAGCAAUAGGCUCAAGACGUAUGCCAACUUCCGAGAAGCACCUCAGGAGGAGGCUUCUCUCAGCAAUAGGCUCAAGACGUAUGCCAACUUCCCAGAAGCACCUCAGGAGGAGGCUUCUCUCAGCAAUAGGCUCAAGACGUAUGCCAACUUCCCAGAAGCACCUCCGGAGGAGGCUUCUCUCAGCAAUAGGCUCAAGACGUAUGCCAACUUCCCAGAAGCACCUCAGGAGGAGGCUUCCCUCAGCAAUAGGCUCAAGACGUAUGCCAACUUCCCAGAAGCACCUCAGGAGGAGGCUUCUCUCAGCAAUAGGCUCAAGACGUAUGCCAACUUCCCAGAAGCACCUCAGGAGGAGGCUUCUCUCAGCAAUAGGCUCAAGACGUAUGCCAACUUCCCAGAAGCACCUCAGGAGGAGGCUUCUCUCAGCAAUAGGCUCAAGACGUAUGCCAACUUCCCAGAAGCACCUCAGGAGGAGGCUUCUCUCAGCAAUAGGCUCAAGACGUAUGCCAACUUCCCAGAAGCACCUCCGGAGGAGGCUUCUCUCAGCAAUAGGCUCAAGACGUAUGCCAACUUCCCAGAAGCACCUCAGGAGGAGGCUUCCCUCAGCAAUAGGCUCAAGACGUAUGCCAACUUCCCAGAAGCACCUCAGGAGGAGGCUUCUCUCAGCAAUAGGCUCAAGACGUAUGCCAACUUCCCAGAAGCACCUCAGGAGGAGGCUUCUCUCAGCAAUAGGCUCAAGACGUAUGCCAACUUCCCAGAAGCACCUCAGGAGGAGGCUUCUCUCAGCAAUAGGCUCAAGACGUAUGCCAACUUCCCAGAAGCACCUCAGGAGGAGGCUUCUCUCAGCAAUAGGCUCAAGACGUAUGCCAACUUCCCAGAAGCACCUCCGGAGGAGGCUUCUCUCAGCAAUAGGCUCAAGACGUAUGCCAACUUCCCAGAAGCACCUCAGGAGGAGGCUUCCCUCAGCAAUAGGCUCAAGACGUAUGCCAACUUCCCAGAAGCACCUCAGGAGGAGGCUUCUCUCAGCAAUAGGCUCAAGACGUAUGCCAACUUCCCAGAAGCACCUCAGGAGGAGGCUUCUCUCAGCAAUAGGCUCAAGACGUAUGCCAACUUCCCAGAAGCACCUCAGGAGGAGGCUUCUCUCAGCAAUAGGCUCAAGACGUAUGCCAACUUCCCAGAAUCACCUCAGGAGGAGGCUUCUCUCAGUAAUAGGCUCAAGACGUAUGCCAACUUCCCAGAAGCACCUCCGGAGGAGGCUUCUCUCAGCAAUAGGCUCAAGACGUAUGCCAACUUCCCAGAAGCACCUCAGGAGGAGGCUUCUCUCAGCAGUAGGCUCAAGACGUAUGCCAACUUCCCAGAAGCACCUCAGGAGGAGGCUUCUCUCAGCAAUAGGCUCAAGACGUAUGCCAACUUCCCAGAAGCACCUCAGGAGGAGGCUUCUCUCAGCAAUAGGCUCAAGACGUAUGCCAACUUCCCAGAAGCACCUCAGGAGGAGGCUUCUCUCAGCAGUAGGCUCAAGACGUAUGCCAACUUCCCAGAAGCACCUCAGGAGGAGGCUUCUCUCAGCAAUAGGCUCAAGACGUAUGCCAACUUCCCAGAAGCACCUCUGGAGGAGGCUUCUCUCAGCAAUAGGCUCAAGAUGUAUGCCAACUUCCCAGAAGCAGCUCAGGAGGAGGCUUCUCUCAGCAAUAGGCUCAAGACGUAUGCCAACUUCCCAGAAGCACCUCAGGAGGAGGCUUCUCUCAGCAAUAGGCUCAAGACGUAUGCCAACUUCCCAGAAGCACCUCAGGAGGAGGCUUCUCUCAGCAGUAGGCUCAAGACGUAUGCCAACUUCCCAGAAGCACCUCAGGAGGAGGCUUCUCUCAGCAAUAGGCUCAAGACGUAUGCCAACUUCCCAGAAGCACCUCUGGAGGAGGCUUCUCUCAGCAAUAGGCUCAAGACGUAUGCCAACUUCCCAGAAGCACCUCCGGAGGAGGCUUCUCUCAGCAAUAGGCUCAAGACGUAUGCCAACUUCCCAGAAGCACCUCCGGAGGAGGCUUCUCUCAGCAAUAGGCUCAAGACGUAUGCCAACUUCCCAGAAGCACCUCAGGAGGAGGCUUCUCUUAGCAAUAGGCUCAAGACGUAUGCCAACUUCCCAGAAGCACCUCAGGAGGAGGCUUCUCUCAGCAAUAGGCUCAAGACGUAUGCCAAAUUCCCAGAAGCACCUCAGGAGGAGGCUUCUCUCAGCAAUAGGCUCAAGACGUAUGCCAACUUCCCAGAAGCACCUCAGGAGGAGGCUUCUCUCAGCAAUAGGCUCAAGACGUAUGCCAACUUCCCAGAAGCACCUCAGGAGGAGGCUUCUCUCAGCAAUAGGCUCAAGACGUAUGCCAACUUCCCAGAAGCACCUCAGGAGGAGGCUUCUCUCAGCAAUAGGCUCAAGACGUAUGCCAACUUCCCAGAAGCACCUCAGGAGGAGGCUUCUCUCAGCAAUAGGCUCAAGACGUAUGCCAACUUCCCAGAAGCACCUCAGGAGGAGGCUUCUCUUAGCAAUAGGCUCAAGACGUAUGCCAACUUCCCAGAAGCACCUCAGGAGGAGGCUUCUCUCAGCAAUAGGCUCAAGACGUAUGCCAACUUCCCAGAAGCACCUCAGGAGGAGGCUUCUCUCAGCAAUAGGCUCAAGACGUAUGCCAACUUCCCAGAAGCACCUCAGGAGGAGGCUUCUCUCAGCAAUAGGCUCAAGACGUAUGCCAACUUCCCAGAAGCACCUCAGGAGGAGGCUUCUCUCAGCAAUAGGCUCAAGACGUAUGCCAACUUCCCAGAAGCACCUCAGGAGGAGGCUUCUCUCAGCAAUAGGCUCAAGACGUAUGCCAACUUCCCAGAAGCACCUCAGGAGGAGGCUUCUCUCAGCAAUAGGCUCAAGACGUAUGCCAACUUCCCAGAAGCACCUCAGGAGGAGGCUUCUCUUAGCAAUAGGCUCAAGACGUAUGCCAACUUCCCAGAAGCACCUCAGGAGGAGGCUUCUCUCAGCAAUAGGCUCAAGACGUAUGCCAACUUCCCAGAAGCACCUCAGGAGGAGGCUUCUCUCAGCAAUAGGCUCAAGACGUAUGCCAACUUCCCAGAAGCACCUCAGGAGGAGGCUUCUCUCAACAAUAGGCUCAAGACGUAUGCCAACUUCCCAGAAGCACCUCAGGAGGAGGCUUCUCUCAGCAAUAGGCUCAAGACGUAUGCCAACUUCCCAGAAGCACCUCAGGAGGAGGCUUCUCUCAGCAAUAGGCUCAAGACGUAUGCCAACUUCCCAAAAGCACCUCAGGAGGAGGCUUCUCUCAGCAAUAGGCUCAAGACGUAUGCCAACUUCCCAGAAGCACCUCAGGAGGAGGCUUCUCUCAGCAAUAGGCUCAAGACGUAUGCCAACUUCCCAGAAGCACCUCAGGAGGAGGCUUCUCUCAGCAAUAGGCUCAAGACGUAUGCCAACUUCCCAAAAGCACCUCAGGAGGAGGCUUCUCUCAGCAAUAGGCUCAAGACGUAUGCCAACUUCCCAGAAGCACCUCAGGAGGAGGCUUCUCUCAGCAAUAGGCUCAAGACGUAUGCCAACUUCCCAGAAGCACCUCCGGAGGAGGCUUCUCUCAGCAAUAGGCUCAAGACGUAUGCCAACUUCCCAGAAGCACCUCAGGAGGAGGCUUCUCUCAGCAAUAGGCUCAAGACGUAUGCCAACUUCCCAGAAGCACCUCAGGAGGAGGCAUCUCUUAGCAAAAGGCUCAAGACGUAUGCCAACUUCCCAGAAGCACCUCAGGAGGAGGCUUCUCUCAGCACUAGGCUCAAGACGUAUGCCAACUUCCCAGAAGCACCUCAGGAGGAGGCUUCUCUCAGCAAUAGGCUCAAGACGUAUGCCAACUUCCCAGAAGCACCUCAGGAGGAGGCUUCUCUCAGCAAUAGGCUCAAGACGUAUGCCAACUUCCCAGAAGCACCUCAGGAGGAGGCUUCUCUCAGCAAUAGGCUCAAGACGUAUGCCAACUUCCCAGAAGCACCUCAGGAGGAGGCUUCUCUUAGCAAUAGGCUCAAGACGUAUGCCAACUUCCCAGAAGCACCUCAGGAGGAGGCUUCUCUCAGCAAUAGGCUCAAGACGUAUGCCAACUUCCCAGAAGCACCUCAGGAGGAGGCUUCUCUCAGCAAUAGGCUCAAGACGUAUGCCAACUUCCCAGAAGCACCUCAGGAGGAGGCUUCUCUCAGCAAUAGGCUCAAGACGUAUGCCAACUUCUCAGAAGCACCUCAGGAGGAGGCUUCUCUUAGCAAUAGGCUCAAGACGUAUGCCAACUUCCCAGAAGCACCUCAGGAGGAGGCUUCUCUCAGCAAUAGGCUCAAGACUUAUGCCAACUUCCCAGAAGCACCUCAGGAGGAGGCUUCUCUCAGCAAUAGGCUCAAGACGUAUGCCAACUUCCCAGAAGCACCUCAGGAGGAGGCUUCUCUCAGCAAUAGGCUCAAGACGUAUGCCAACUUCCCAGAAGCACCUCAGGAGGAGGUUUCUCUCAGCAAUAGGCUCAAGACUUAUGCCAACUUCCCAGAAGCACCUCUGGAGGAGGCUUCUCUCAGCAAUAGGCUCAAGACGUAUGCCAACUUCCCAGAAGCACCUCAGGAGGAGGCUUCUCUCAGCAAUAGGCUCAAGACGUAUGCCAACUUCCCAGAAGCACCUCAGGAGGAGGCUUCUCUCAGCAAUAGGCUCAAGACGUAUGCCAACUUCCCAGAAGCACCUCAGGAGGAGGCUUCUCUCAACAAUAGGCUCAAGACGUAUGCCAACUUCCCAGAAGCACCUCAGGAGGAGGCUUCUCUCAGCAAUAGGCUCAAGACGUAUGCCAACUUCCCAGAAGCACCUCAGGAGGAGGCUUCUCUCAGCAAUAGGCUCAAGACGUAUGCCAACUUCCCAGAAGCACCUCAGGAGGAGGCUUCUCUCAGCAAUAGGCUCAAGACGUAUGCCAACUUCCCAGAAGCACCUCAGGAGGAGGCUUCUCUCAACAAUAGGCUCAAGACGUAUGCCAACUUCCCAGAAGCACCUCAGGAGGAGGCUUCUCUCAGCAAUAGGCUCAAGACGUAUGCCAACUUCCCAGAAGCACCUCAGGAGGAGGCUUCUCUCAGCAAUAGGCUCAAGACGUAUGCCAACUUCCCAGAAGCACCUCAGGAGGAGGCUUCUCUCAGCAAUAGGCUCAAGACGUAUGCCAACUUCCCAGAAGCACCUCAGGAGGAGGCUUCUCUCAGCAAUAGGCUCAAGACGUAUGCCAACUUCCCAGAAGCACCUCAGGAGGAGGCUUCUCUCAGCAAUAGGCUCAAGACGUAUGCCAACUUCCCAGAAGCACCUCAGGAGGAGGCUUCUCUCAGCAAUAGGCUCAAGACGUAUGCCAACUUCCCAGAAGCACCUCAGGAGGAGGCUUCUCUCAGCAAUAGGCUCAAGACGUAUGCCAACUUCCCAGAAGCACCUCAGGAGGAGGCUUCUCUCAGCAAUAGGCUCAAGACGUAUGCCAACUUCCCAGAAGCACCUCAGGAGGAGGCUUCUCUCAGCAAUAGGCUCAAGACGUAUGCCAACUUCCCAGAAGCACCUCAGGAGGAGGCUUCUCUCAGCAAUAGGCUCAAGACGUAUGCCAACUUCCCAGAAGCACCUCAGGAGGAGGCUUCUCUUAGCAAUAGGCUCAAGACGUAUGCCAACUUCCCAGAAGCACCUCAGGAGGAGUCUUCUCUCAGCAAUAGGCUCAAGACGUAUGCCAACUUCCCAGAAGCACCUCAGGAGGAGGCUUCUCUCAGCAAUAGGCUCAAGACGUAUGCCAACUUCCCAGAAGCACCUCAGGAGGAGGCUUCUCUCAGCAAUAGGCUCAAGACGUAUGCCAACUUCCCAGAAGCACCUCAGGAGGAGGCUUCUCUCAGCAAUAGGCUCAAGACGUAUGCCAACUUCCCAGAAGCACCUCAGGAGGAGGCUUCUCUCAGCAAUAGGCUCAAGACGUAUGCCAACUUCCCAGAAGCACCUCAGGAGGAGGCUUCUCUUAGCAAUAGGCUCAAGACGUAUGCCAACUUCCCAGAAGCACCUCAGGAGGAGGCUUCUCUCAGCAAUAGGCUCAAGACGUAUGCCAACUUCCCAGAAGCACCUCAGGAGGAGGCUUCUCUUAGCAAUAGGCUCAAGACGUAUGCCAACUUCCCAGAAGCACCUCAGGAGGAGGCUUCUCUCAGCAAUAGGCUCAAGACGUAUGCCAACUUCCCAGAAGCACCUCAGGAGGAGGCUUCUCUCAGCAAUAGGCUCAAGACGUAUGCCAACUUCCCAGAAGCACCUCAGGAGGAGGCUUCUCUCAGCAAUAGGCUCAAGACGUAUGCCAACUUCCCAGAAGCACCUCAGGAGGAGGCUUCUCUCAGCAAUAGGCUCAAGACGUAUGCCAACUUCCCAGAAGCACCUCAGGAGGAGGCUUCUCUCAGCAAUAGGCUCAAGACGUAUGCCAACUUCCCAGAAGCACCUCAGGAGGAGGCUUCUCUCAGCAAUAGGCUCAAGACGUAUGCCAACUUCCCAGAAGCACCUCAGGAGGAGGCUUCUCUCAGCAAUAGGCUCAAGACGUAUGCCAACUUCCCAGAAGCACCUCAGGAGGAGGCUUCUCUUAGCAAUAGGCUCAAGACGUAUGCCAACUUCCCAGAAGCACCUCAGGAGGAGGCUUCUCUCAGCAAUUGGCUCAAGACGUAUGCCAACUUCCCAGAAGCACCUCAGGAGGAGGCUUCUCUCAGCAAUAGGCUCAAGACGUAUGCCAACUUCCCAGAAGCACCUCAGGAGGAGGCUUCUCUCAGCAAUAGGCUCAAGACGUAUGCCAACUUCCCAGAAGCACCUCAGGAGGAGGCUUCUCUCAGCAAUAGGCUCAAGACGUAUGCCAACUUCCCAGAAGCACCUCAGGAGGAGGCUUCUCUCAGCAAUAGGCUCAAGACGUAUGCCAACUUCCCAGAAGCACCUCAGGAGGAGGCUUCUCUCAGCAAUAGGCUCAAGACGUAUGCCAACUUCCCAGAAGCACCUCAGGAGGAGGCUUCUCUCAGCAAUAGGCUCAAGACGUAUGCCAACUUCCCAGAAGCACCUCAGGAGGAGGCUUCUCUCAGCAAUAGGCUCAAGACGUAUGCCAACUUCCCAGAAGCACCUCAGGAGGAGGCUUCUCUCAGCAAUAGGCUCAAGACGUAUGCCAACUUCCCAGAAGCACCUCAGGAGGAGGCUUCUCUCAGCAAUAGGCUCAAGACGUAUGCCAACUUCCCAGAAGCACCUCAGGAGGAGGCUUCUCUCAGCAAUAGGCUCAAGACGUAUGCCAACUUCCCAGAAGCACCUCAGGAGGAGGCUUCUCUCAGCAAUAGGCUCAAGACGUAUGCCAACUUCCCAGAAGCACCUCAGGAGGAGGCUUCUCUCAGCAAUAGGCUCAAGACGUAUGCCAACUUCCCAGAAGCACCUCAGGAGGAGGCUUCUCUCAGCAAUAGGCAACUCCAGAGAUGCCCCGAGAACACUGUCCCAAGUCUAGAGGACACCAACUUCAGCACAGCUACUCGAGGAAUGCUCCGUGUACCCCAAAUCGUCUCGAGAUGCGAGCUGAUUCCCUGGCUUAGGCUCAAGACGUAUGCCAACUUCCCAGAAGCACCUCAGGAGGAGGCUUCUCUCAGCAACAGGCUCAAGACGUAUGCCAACUUCCCAGAAGCACCUCAGGAGGAGGCUUCUCUCAGCAAUAGGCUCAAGACGUAUGCCAACUUCCCAGAAGCACCUCAGGAGGAGGCUUCUCUCAGCAAUAGGCUCAAGACGUAUGCCAACUUCCCAGAAGCACCUCAGGAGGAGGCUUCUCUCAGCAAUAGGCUCAAGACGUAUGCCAACUUCCCAGAAGCACCUCAGGAGGAGGCUUCUCUCAGCAAUAGGCUCAAGACGUAUGCCAACUUCCCAGAAGCACCUCAGGAGGAGGCUUCUCUCAGCAAUAGGCUCAAGACGUAUGCCAACUUCCCAGAAGCACCUCAGGAGGAGGCUUCUCUCAGCAAUAGGCUCAAGACGUAUGCCAACUUCCCAGAAGCACCUCAGGAGGAGGCUUCUCUCAGCAAUAGGUUCAAGACGUAUGCCAACUUCCCAGAAGCACCUCAGGAGGAGGCUUCUCUCAGCAAUAGGCUCAAGACGUAUGCCAACUUCCCAGAAGCACCUCAGGAGGAGGCUUCUCUCAGCAAUAGGCUCAAGACGUAUGCCAACUUCCCAGAAGCACCUCAGGAGGAGGCUUCUCUCAGCAAUAGGCUCAAGACGUAUGCCAACUUCCCAGAAGCACCUCAGGAGGAGGCUUCUCUCAGCAAUAGGCUCAAGACGUAUGCCAACUUCCCAGAAGCACCUCAGGAGGAGGCUUCUCUCAGCAAUAGGCUCAAGACGUAUGCCAACUUCCCAGAAGCACCUCAGGAGGAGGCUUCUCUCAGCAAUAGGCUCAAGACGUAUGCCAACUUCCCAGAAGCACCUCAGGAGGAGGCUUCUCUCAGCAAUCGGCUCAAGACGUAUGCCAACUUCCCAGAAGCACCUCAGGAGGAGGCUUCUCUCAGCAAUAGGCUCAAGACGUAUGCCAACUUCCCAGAAGCACCUCAGGAGGAGGCUUCUCUCAGCAAUAGGCUCAAGACGUAUGCCAACUUCCCAGAAGCACCUCAGGAGGAGGCUUCUCUCAGCAAUAGGCUCAAGACGUAUGCCAACUUCCCAGAAGCACCUCAGGAGGAGGCUUCUCUCAGCAAUAGGCUCAAGACGUAUGCCAACUUCCCAGAAGCACCUCAGGAGGAGGCUUCUCUCAGCAAUAGGCUCAAGACGUAUGCCAACUUCCCAGAAGCACCUCAGGAGGAGGCUUCUCUCAGCAAUAGGCUCAAGACGAAUGCCAACUUCCCAGAAGCACCUCAGGAGGAGGCUUCUCUCAGCAAUAGGCUCAAGACGUAUGCCAACUUCCCAGAAGCACCUCAGGAGGAGGCUUCUCUCAACAAUAGGCUCAAGACGUAUGCCAACUUCCCAGAAGCACCUCAGGAGGAGGCUUCUCUCAACAAUAGGCUCAAGACGUAUGCCAACUUCCCAGAAGCACCUCCGGAGGAGGCUUCUCUCAGCAAUAGGCUCAAGACGUAUGCCAACUUCCCAGAAGCACCUCAGGAGGAGGCUUCUCUCAACAAUAGGCUCAAGACGUAUGCCAACUUCCCAGAAGCACCUCAGGAGGAGGCUUCUCUCAGCAAUAGGCUCAAGACGAAUGCCAACUUCCCAGAAGCACCUCAGGAGGAGGCUUCUCUCAGCAAUAGGCUCAAGACGUAUGCCAACUUCCCAGAAGCACCUCUGGAGGAGGCUUCUCUCAGCAAUAGGCUCAAGACGUAUGCCAACUUCCCAGAAGCACCUCAGGAGGAGGCUUCUCUCAACAAUAGGCUCAAGACGUAUGCCAACUUCCCAGAAGCACCUCAGGAGGAGGCUUCUCUCAACAAUAGGCUCAAGACGUAUGCCAACUUCCCAGAAGCACCUCAGGAGGAGGCUUCUCUCAGCAAUAGGCUCAAGACGUAUGCCAACUUCCCAGAAGCACCUCCGGAGGAGGCUUCUCUCAGCAAUAGGCUCAAGACGUAUGCCAACUUCCCAGAAGCACCUCAGGAGGAGGCUUCUCUCAACAAUAGGCUCAAGACGUAUGCCAACUUCCCAGAAGCACCUCAGGAGGAGGCUUCUCUCAGCAAUAGGCUCAAGACGUAUGCCAACUUCCCAGAAGCACCUCAGGAGGAGGCUUCUCUCAGCAAUAGGCUCAAGACGUAUGCCAACUUCCCAGAAGCACCUCAGGAGGAGGCUUCUCUCAGCAAUAGGCUCAAGACGUAUGCCAACUUCCCAGAAGCACCUCCGGAGGAGGCUUCUCUCAGCAAUAGGCUCAAGACGUAUGCCAACUUCCCAGAAGCACCUCAGGAGGAGGCUUCUCUCAGCAAUAGGCUCAAGACGUAUGCCAACUUCCCAGAAGCACCUCAGGAGGAGGCUUCUCUCAGCAAUAGGCUCAAGACGUAUGCCAACUUCCCAGAAGCACCUCAGGAGGAGGCUUCUCUCAGCAAUAGGCUCAAGACGUAUGCCAACUUCCCAGAAGCACCACAGGAGGAGGCUUCUCUCAGCAAUAGGCUCAAGACGUAUGCCAACUUCCCAGAAGCACCUCAGGAGGAGGCUUCUCUCAGCAAUAGGCUCAAGACGUAUGCCAACUUCCCAGAAGCACCUCAGGAGGAGGCUUCUCUCAGCAAUAGGCUCAAGACGUAUGCCAACUUCCCAGAAGCACCUCAGGAGGAGGCUUCUCUCAACAAUAGGCUCAAGACGUAUGCCAACUUCCCAGAAGCACCUCAGGAGGAGGCUUCUCUCAGCAAUAGGCUCAAGACGUAUGCCAACUUCCCAGAAGCACCUCAGGAGGAGGCUUCUCUCAGCAAUAGGCUCAAGACGUAUGCCAACUUCCCAGAAGCACCUCCGGAGGAGGCUUCUCUCAGCAAUAGGCUCAAGACGUAUGCCAACUUCCCAGAAGCACCUCAGGAGGAGGCUUCUCUCAACAAUAGGCUCAAGACGUAUGCCAACUUCCCAGAAGCACCUCAGGAGGAGGCUUCUCUCAACAAUAGGCUCAAGACGUAUGCCAACUUCCCAGAAGCACCUCAGGAGGAGGCUUCUCUCAGCAAUAGGCUCAAGACGUAUGCCAACUUCCCAGAAGCACCUCAGGAGGAGGCUUCUCUCAGCAAUAGGCUCAAGACGUAUGCCAACUUCCCAGAAGCACCUCAGGAGGAGGCUUCUCUCAGCAAUAGGCUCAAGACGUAUGCCAACUUCCCAGAAGCACCUCCGGAGGAGGCUUCUCUCAGCAAUAGGCUCAAGACGUAUGCCAACUUCCCAGAAGCACCUCAGGAGGAGGCUUCUCUCAGCAAUAGGCUCAAGACGUAUGCCAACUUCCCAGAAGCACCUCAGGAGGAGGCUUCUCUCAGCAAUAGGCUCAAGACGUAUGCCAACUUCCCAGAAGCACCUCAGGAGGAGGCUUCUCUCAGCAAUAGGCUCAAGACGUAUGCCAACUUCCCAGAAGCACCUCAGGAGGAGGCUUCUCUCAGCAAUAGGCUCAAGACGUAUGCCAACUUCCCAGAAGCACCUCAGGAGGAGGCUUCUCUCAGCAAUAGGCUCAAGACGUAUGCCAACUUCCCAGAAGCACCUCAGGAGGAGGCUUCUCUCAGCAAUAGGCUCAAGACGUAUGCCAACUUCCCAGAAGCACCUCCGGAGGAGGCUUCUCUCAGCAAUAGGCUCAAGACGUAUGCCAACUUCCCAGAAGCACCUCAGGAGGAGGCUUCUCUCAGCAAUAGGCUCAAGACGUAUGCCAACUUCCCAGAAGCACCUCAGGAGGAGGCUUCUCUCAGCAAUAGGCUCAAGACGUAUGCCAACUUCCCAGAAGCACCUCAGGAGGAGGCUUCUCUCAGCAAUAGGCUCAAGACGUAUGCCAACUUCCCAGAAGCACCUCAGGAGGAGGCUUCUCUCAGCAAUAGGCUCAAGACGUAUGCCAACUUCCCAGAAGCACCUCAGGAGGAGGCUUCUCUCAGCAAUAGGCUCAAGACGUAUGCCAACUUCCCAGAAGCACCUCAGGAGGAGGCUUCUCUCAGCAAUAGGCUCAAGACGUAUGCCAACUUCCCAGAAGCACCUCAGGAGGAGGCUUCUCUCAACAAUAGGCUCAAGACGUAUGCCAACUUCCCAGAAGCACCUCAGGAGGAGGCUUCUCUCAACAAUAGGCUCAAGACGUAUGCCAACUUCCCAGAAGCACCUCAGGAGGAGGCUUCUCUCAGCAAUAGGCUCAAGACGUAUGCCAACUUCCCAGAAGCACCUCAGGAGGAGGCUUCUCUCAGCAAUAGGCUCAAGACGUAUGCCAACUUCCCAGAAGCACCUCAGGAGGAGGCUUCUCUCAGCAAUAGGCUCAAGACGUAUGCCAACUUCCCAGAAGCACCUCAGGAGGAGGCUUCUCUCAACAAUAGGCUCAAGACGUAUGCCAACUUCCCAGAAGCACCUCAGGAGGAGGCUUCUCUCAGCAAUAGGCUCAAGACGUAUGCCAACUUCCCAGAAGCACCUCAGGAGGAGGCUUCUCUCAGCAAUAGGCUCAAGACGUAUGCCAACUUCACAGAAGCACCUCAGGAGGAGGCUUCUCUCAGCAAUAGGCUCAAGACGUAUGCCAACUUCCCAGAAGCACCUCAGGAGGAGGCUUCUCUCAGCAAUAGGCUCAAGACGUAUGCCAACUUCCCAGAAGCACCUCAGGAGGAGGCUUCUCUCAGCAAUAGGCUCAAGACGAAUGCCAACUUCCCAGAAGCACCUCAGGAGGAGGCUUCUCUCAGCAAUAGGCUCAAGACGUAUGCCAACUUCCCAGAAGCACCUCAGGAGGAGGCUUCUCUCAGCAAUAGGCUCAAGACGUAUGCCAACUUCCCAGAAGCACCUCAGGAGGAGGCUUCUCUCAGCAAUAGGCUCAAGACGUAUGCCAACUUCCCAGAAGCACCACAGGAGGAGGCUUCUCUCAGCAAUAGACUCAAGACGUAUGCCAACUUCCCAGAAGCACCUCAGGAGGAGGCUUCUCUCAGCAAUAGGCUCAAGACGUAUGCCAACUUCCCAGAAGCACCUCAGGAGGAGGCUUCUCUCAGCAAUAGGCUCAAGACGUAUGCCAACUUCCCAGAAGCACCUCAGGAGGAGGCUUCUCUCAGCAAUAGGCUCAAGACGUAUGCCAACUUCCCAGAAGCACCUCAGGAGGAGGCUUCUCUCAACAAUAGGCUCAAGACGUAUGCCAACUUCCCAGAAGCACCUCAGGAGGAGGCUUCUCUCAGCAAUAGGCUCAAGACGUAUGCCAACUUCCCAGAAGCACCUCAGGAGGAGGCUUCUCUCAACAAUAGGCUCAAGACGUAUGCCAACUUCCCAGAAGCACCUCAGGAGGAGGCUUCUCUCAGCAAUAGGCUCAAGACAUAUGCCAACUUCCCAGAAGCACCUCAGGAGGAGGCUUCUCUCAACAAUAGGCUCAAGACGUAUGCCAACUUCCCAGAAGCACCUCAGGAGGAGGCUUCUCUCAGCAAUAGGCUCAAGACGUAUGCCAACUUCCCAGAAGCACCUCAGGAGGAGGCUUCUCUCAGCAAUAGGCUCAAGACGUAUGCCAACUUCCCAGAAGCACCUCAGGAGGAGGCUUCUCUCAACAAUAGGCUCAAGACGUAUGCCAACUUCCCAGAAGCACCUCAGGAGGAGGCUUCUCUCAGCAAUAGGCUCAAGACGUAUGCCAACUUCCCAGAAGCACCUCAGGAGGAGGCUUCUCUCAACAAUAGGCUCAAGACGUAUGCCAACUUCCCAGAAGCACCUCAGGAGGAGGCUUCUCUCAGCAAUAGGCUCAAGACGUAUGCCAACUUCCCAGAAGCACCUCAGGAGGAGGCUUCUCUCAGCAAUAGGCUCAAGACGUAUGCCAACUUCCCAGAAGCACCUCAGGAGGAGGCUUCUCUCAGCAAUAGGCUCAAGACGUAUGCCAACUUCCCAGAAGCACCUCAGGAGGAGGCUUCUCUCAGCAAUAGGCUCAAGACGUAUGCCAACUUCCCAGAAGCACCUCAGGAGGAGGCUUCUCUCAGCAAUAGGCUCAAGACGUAUGCCAACUUCCCAGAAGCACCUCAGGAGGAGGCUUCUCUCAACAAUAGGCUCAAGACGUAUGCCAACUUCCCAGAAGCACCUCAGGAGGAGGCUUCUCUCAGCAAUAGGCUCAAGACGUAUGCCAACUUCCCAGAAGCACCUCAGGAGGAGGCUUCUCUCAGCAAUAGGCUCAAGACGUAUGCCAACUUCCCAGAAGCACCUCAGGAGGAGGCUUCUCUCAGCAAUAGGCUCAAGACGUAUGCCAACUUCCCAGAAGCACCUCAGGAGGAGGCUUCUCUCAACAAUAGGCUCAAGACGUAUGCCAACUUCCCAGAAGCACCUCAGGAGGAGGCUUCUCUCAGCAAUAGGCUCAAGACGUAUGCCAACUUCCCAGAAGCACCUCAGGAGGAGGCUUCUCUCAGCAAUAGGCUCAAGACGUAUGCCAACUUCCCAGAAGCACCUCAGGAGGAGGCUUCUCUCAGCAAUAGGCUCAAGACGUAUGCCAACUUCCCAGAAGCACCUCAGGAGGAGGCUUCUCUCAACAAUAGGCUCAAGACGUAUGCCAACUUCCCAGAAGCACCUCAGGAGGAGGUUUCUCUCAGCAAUAGGCUCAAGACGUAUGCCAACUUCCCAGAAGCACCUCAGGAGGAGGCUUCUCUCAGCAAUAGGCUCAAGACGUAUGCCAACUUCCCAGAAGCACCUCAGGAGGAGGCUUCUCUCAGCAAUAGGCUCAAGACGUAUGCCAACUUCCCAGAAGCACCUCAGGAGGAGGCUUCUCUCAACAAUAGGCUCAAGACGUAUGCCAACUUCCCAGAAGCACCUCAGGAGGAGGCUUCUCUCAGCAAUAGGCUCAAGACGUAUGCCAACUUCCCAGAAGCACCUCAGGAGGAGGCUUCUCUCAGCAAUAGGCUCAAGACGUAUGCCAACUUCCCAGAAGCACCUCAGGAGGAGGCUUCUCUCAGCAAUAGGCUCAAGACGUAUGCCAACUUCCCAGAAGCACCUCAGGAGGAGGCUUCUCUCAGCAAUAGGCUCAAGACGUAUGCCAACUUCCCAGAAGCACCUCAGGAGGAGGUUUCUCUCAGCAAUAGGCUCAAGACGUAUGCCAACUUCCCAGAAGCACCUCAGGAGGAGGCUUCUCUCAGCAAUAGGCUCAAGACGUAUGCCAACUUCCCAGAAGCACCUCAGGAGGAGGCUUCUCUCAGCAAUAGGCUCAAGACGUAUGCCAACUUCCCAGAAGCACCUCAGGAGGAGGCUUCUCUCAACAAUAGGCUCAAGACGUAUGCCAACUUCCCAGAAGCACCUCAGGAGGAGGCUUCUCUCAGCAAUAGGCUCAAGACGUAUGCCAACUUCCCAGAAGCACCUCAGGAGGAGGCUUCUCUCAGCAAUAGGCUCAAGACGUAUGCCAACUUCCCAGAAGCACCUCAGGAGGAGGCUUCUCUCAGCAAUAGGCUCAAGACGUAUGCCAACUUCCCAGAAGCACCUCAGGAGGAGGCUUCUCUCAGCAAUAGGCUCAAGACGUAUGCCAACUUCCCAGAAGCACCUCAGGAGGAGGCUUCUCUCAACAAUAGGCUCAAGACGUAUGCCAACUUCCCAGAAGCACCUCAGGAGGAGGCUUCUCUCAGCAAUAGGCUCAAGACGUAUGCCAACUUUCCAGAAGCACCUCAGGAGGAGGCUUCUCUCAACAAUAGGCUCAAGACGUAUGCCAACUUCCCAGAAGCACCUCAGGAGGAGGCUUCUCUCAGCAAUAGGCUCAAGACGUAUGCCAACUUCCCAGAAGCACCUCAGGAGGAGGCUUCUCUCAACAAUAGGCUCAAGACGUAUGCCAACUUCCCAGAAGCACCUCAGGAGGAGGCUUCUCUCAGCAAUAGGCUCAAGACGUAUGCCAACUUCCCAGAAGCACCUCAGGAGGAGGCUUCUCUCAGCAAUAGGCUCAAGACGUAUGCCAACUUCCCAGAAGCACCUCAGGAGGAGGCUUCUCUCAGCAAUAGGCUCAAGACGUAUGCCAACUUCCCAGAAGCACCUCAGGAGGAGGCUUCUCUCAACAAUAGGCUCAAGACGUAUGCCAACUUCCCAGAAGCACCUCAGGAGGAGGCUUCUCUCAGCAAUAGGCUCAAGACGUAUGCCAACUUCCCAGAAGCACCUCAGGAGGAGGCUUCUCUCAGCAAUAGGCUCAAGACGUAUGCCAACUUCCCAGAAGCACCUCAGGAGGAGGCUUCUCUCAGCAAUAGGCUCAAGACGUAUGCCAACUUCCCAGAAGCACCUCAGGAGGAGGCUUCUCUCAGCAAUAGGCUCAAGACGUAUGCCAACUUCCCAGAAGCACCUCAGGAGGAGGCUUCUCUCAGCAAUAGGCUCAAGACGUAUGCCAACUUCCCAGAAGCACCUCAGGAGGAGGCUUCUCUCAGCAAUAGGCUCAAGACGUAUGCCAACUUCCCAGAAGCACCUCAGGAGGAGGCUUCUCUCAGCAAUAGGCUCAAGACGUAUGCCAACUUCCCAGAAGCACCUCAGGAGGAGGCUUCUCUCAGCAAUAGGCUCAAGACGUAUGCCAACUUCCCAGAAGCACCUCAGGAGGAGGCUUCUCUCAGCAAUAGGCUCAAGACGUAUGCCAACUUCCCAGAAGCACCUCAGGAGGAGGCUUCUCUCAGCAAUAGGCUCAAGACGUAUGCCAACUUUCCAGAAGCACCUCAGGAGGAGGCUUCUCUCAACAAUAGGCUCAAGACGUAUGCCAACUUCCCAGAAGCACCUCAGGAGGAGGCUUCUCUCAGCAAUAGGCUCAAGACGUAUGCCAACUUCCCAGAAGCACCUCAGGAGGAGGCUUCUCUCAGCAAUAGGCUCAAGACGUAUGCCAACUUCCCAGAAGCACCUCAGGAGGAGGCUUCUCUCAACAAUAGGCUCAAGACGUAUGCCAACUUCCCAGAAGCACCUCAGGAGGAGGCUUCUCUCAGCAAUAGGCUCAAGACGUAUGCCAACUUCCCAGAAGCACCUCAGGAGGAGGCUUCUCUCAGCAAUAGGCUCAAGACGUAUGCCAACUUCCCAGAAGCACCUCAGGAGGAGGCUUCUCUCAACAAUAGGCUCAAGACGUAUGCCAACUUCCCAGAAGCACCUCAGGAGGAGGCUUCUCUCAGCAAUAGGCUCAAGACGUAUGCCAACUUCCCAGAAGCACCUCAGGAGGAGGCUUCUCUCAGCAAUAGGCUCAAGACGUAUGCCAACUUCCCAGAAGCACCUCAGGAGGAGGCUUCUCUCAGCAAUAGGCUCAAGACGUAUGCCAACUUCCCAGAAGCACCUCAGGAGGAGGCUUCUCUCAGCAAUAGGCUCAAGACGUAUGCCAACUUCCCAGAAGCACCUCAGGAGGAGGCUUCUCUCAGCAAUAGGCUCAAGACGUAUGCCAACUUCCCAGAAGCACCUCAGGAGGAGGCUUCUCUCAGCAAUAGGCUCAAGACGUAUGCCAACUUCCCAGAAGCACCUCAGGAGGAGGCUUCUCUCAGCAAUAGGCUCAAGACGUAUGCCAACUUCCCAGAAGCACCUCAGGAGGAGGCUUCUCUCAGCAAUAGGCUCAAGACGUAUGCCAACUUCCCAGAAGCACCUCAGGAGGAGGCUUCUCUCAGCAAUAGGCUCAAGACGUAUGCCAACUUCCCAGAAGCACCUCAGGAGGAGGCUUCUCUCAGCAAUAGGCUCAAGACGUAUGCCAACUUCCCAGAAGCACCUCAGGAGGAGGCUUCUCUCAGCAAUAGGCUCAAGACGUAUGCCAACUUCCCAGAAGCACCUCAGGAGGAGGCUUCUCUCAGCAAUAGGCUCAAGACGUAUGCCAACUUCCCAGAAGCACCUCAGGAGGAGGCUUCUCUCAGCAAUAGGCUCAAGACGUAUGCCAACUUCCCAGAAGCACCUCAGGAGGAGGCUUCUCUCAGCAAUAGGCUCAAGACGUAUGCCAACUUCCCAGAAGCACCUCAGGAGGAGGCUUCUCUCAGCAAUAGGCUCAAGACGUAUGCCAACUUCCCAGAAGCACCUCAGGAGGAGGCUUCUCUCAGCAAUAGGCUCAAGACGUAUGCCAAAUUCCCAGAAGCACCUCAGGAGGAGGCUUCUCUCAGCAAUAGGCUCAAGACGUAUGCCAACUUCCCAGAAGCACCUCAGGAGGAGGCUUCUCUCAGCAAUAGGCUCAAGACGUAUGCCAACUUCCCAGAAGCACCUCAGGAGGAGGCUUCUCUCAGCAAUAGGCUCAAGACGUAUGCCAACUUCCCAGAAGCACCUCAGGAGGAGGCUUCUCUCAGCAAUAGGCUCAAGACGUAUGCCAACUUCCCAGAAGCACCUCAGGAGGAGGCUUCUCUCAGCAAUAGGCUCAAGACGUAUGCCAACUUCCCAGAAGCACCUCAGGAGGAGGCUUCUCUCAGCAAUAGGCUCAAGACGUAUGCCAACUUCCCAGAAGCACCUCAGGAGGAGGCUUCUCUCAGCAAUAGGCUCAAGACGUAUGCCAAAUUCCCAGAAGCACCUCAGGAGGAGGCUUCUCUCAGCAAUAGGCUCAAGACGUAUGCCAACUUCCCAGAAGCACCUCAGGAGGAGGCUUCUCUCAGCAAUAGGCUCAAGACGUAUGCCAACUUCCCAGAAGCACCUCAGGAGGAGGCUUCUCUCAGCAAUAGGCUCAAGACGUAUGCCAACUUCCCAGAAGCACCUCAGGAGGAGGCUUCUCUCAGCAAUAGGCUCAAGACGUAUGCCAACUUCCCAGAAGCACCUCAGGAGGAGGCUUCUCUCAGCAAUAGGCUCAAGACGUAUGCCAACUUCCCAGAAGCACCUCAGGAGGAGGCUUCUCUCAGCAAUAGGCUCAAGACGUAUGCCAACUUCCCAGAAGCACCUCAGGAGGAGGCUUCUCUCAGCAAUAGGCUCAAGACGUAUGCCAACUUCCCAGAAGCACCUCAGGAGGAGGCUUCUCUCAGCAAUAGGCUCAAGACGUAUGCCAACUUCCCAGAAGCACCUCAGGAGGAGGCUUCUCUCAGCAAUAGGCUCAAGACGUAUGCCAACUUCCCAGAAGCACCUCAGGAGGAGGCUUCUCUCAGCAAUAGGCUCAAGACGUAUGCCAACUUCCCAGAAGCACCUCAGGAGGAGGCUUCUCUCAGCAAUAGGCUCAAGACGUAUGCCAACUUCCCAGAAGCACCUCAGGAGGAGGCUUCUCUCAGCAAUAGGCUCAAGACGUAUGCCAACUUCCCAGAAGCACCUCAGGAGGAGGCUUCUCUCAGCAAUAGGCUCAAGACGUAUGCCAACUUCCCAGAAGCACCUCAGGAGGAGGCUUCUCUCAGCAAUAGGCUCAAGACGUAUGCCAACUUCCCAGAAGCACCUCAGGAGGAGGCUUCUCUCAGCAAUAGGCUCAAGACGUAUGCCAACUUCCCAGAAGCACCUCAGGAGGAGGCUUCUCUCAGCAAUAGGCUCAAGACGUAUGCCAACUUCCCAGAAGCACCUCAGGAGGAGGCUUCUCUCAGCAAUAGGCUCAAGACGUAUGCCAACUUCCCAGAAGCACCUCAGGAGGAGGCUUCUCUCAGCAAUAGGCUCAAGACGUAUGCCAAAUUCCCAGAAGCACCUCAGGAGGAGGCUUCUCUCAGCAAUAGGCUCAAGACGUAUGCCAACUUCCCAGAAGCACCUCAGGAGGAGGCUUCUCUCAGCAAUAGGCUCAAGACGUAUGCCAACUUCCCAGAAGCACCUCAGGAGGAGGCUUCUCUCAGCAAUAGGCUCAAGACGUAUGCCAACUUCCCAGAAGCACCUCAGGAGGAGGCUUCUCUCAGCAAUAGGCUCAAGACGUAUGCCAACUUCCCAGAAGCACCUCAGGAGGAGGCUUCUCUCAGCAAUAGGCUCAAGACGUAUGCCAACUUCCCAGAAGCACCUCAGGAGGAGGCUUCUCUCAGCAAUAGGCUCAAGACGUAUGCCAACUUCCCAGAAGCACCUCAGGAGGAGGCUUCUCUCAGCAAUAGGCUCAAGACGUAUGCCAACUUCCCAGAAGCACCUCAGGAGGAGGCUUCUCUCAGCAAUAGGCUCAAGACGUAUGCCAACUUCCCAGAAGCACCUCAGGAGGAGGCUUCUCUCAGCAAUAGGCUCAAGACGUAUGCCAACUUCCCAGAAGCACCUCAGGAGGAGGCUUCUCUCAGCAAUAGGCUCAAGACGUAUGCCAACUUCCCAGAAGCACCUCAGGAGGAGGCUUCUCUCAGCAAUAGGCUCAAGACGUAUGCCAACUUCCCAGAAGCACCUCAGGAGGAGGCUUCUCUCAGCAAUAGGCUCAAGACGUAUGCCAACUUCCCAGAAGCACCUCAGGAGGAGGCUUCUCUCAGCAAUAGGCUCAAGACGUAUGCCAACUUCCCAGAAGCACCUCAGGAGGAGGCUUCUCUCAGCAAUAGGCUCAAGACGUAUGCCAACUUCCCAGAAGCACCUCAGGAGGAGGCUUCUCUCAGCAAUAGGCUCAAGACGUAUGCCAACUUCCCAGAAGCACCUCAGGAGGAGGCUUCUCUCAGCAAUAGGCUCAAGACGUAUGCCAACUUCCCAGAAGCACCUCAGGAGGAGGCUUCUCUCAGCAAUAGGCUCAAGACGUAUGCCAACUUCCCAGAAGCACCUCAGGAGGAGGCUUCUCUCAGCAAUAGGCUCAAGACGUAUGCCAACUUCCCAGAAGCACCUCAGGAGGAGGCUUCUCUCAGCAAUAGGCUCAAGACGUAUGCCAACUUCCCAGAAGCACCUCAGGAGGAGGCUUCUCUCAGCAAUAGGCUCAAGACGUAUGCCAACUUCCCAGAAGCACCUCAGGAGGAGGCUUCUCUCAGCAAUAGGCUCAAGACGUAUGCCAACUUCCCAGAAGCACCUCAGGAGGAGGCUUCUCUCAGCAAUAGGCUCAAGACGUAUGCCAACUUCCCAGAAGCACCUCAGGAGGAGGCUUCUCUCAGCAAUAGGCUCAAGACGUAUGCCAACUUCCCAGAAGCACCUCAGGAGGAGGCUUCUCUCAGCAAUAGGCUCAAGACGUAUGCCAACUUCCCAGAAGCACCUCAGGAGGAGGCUUCUCUCAGCAAUAGGCUCAAGACGUAUGCCAACUUCCCAGAAGCACCUCAGGAGGAGGCUUCUCUCAGCAAUAGGCUCAAGACGUAUGCCAACUUCCCAGAAGCACCUCAGGAGGAGGCUUCUCUCAGCAAUAGGCUCAAGACGUAUGCCAACUUCCCAGAAGCACCUCAGGAGGAGGCUUCUCUCAGCAAUAGGCUCAAGACGUAUGCCAACUUCCCAGAAGCACCUCAGGAGGAGGCUUCUCUCAGCAAUAGGCUCAAGACGUAUGCCAACUUCCCAGAAGCACCUCAGGAGGAGGCUUCUCUCAGCAAUAGGCUCAAGACGUAUGCCAACUUCCCAGAAGCACCUCAGGAGGAGGCUUCUCUCAGCAAUAGGCUCAAGACGUAUGCCAACUUCCCAGAAGCACCUCAGGAGGAGGCUUCUCUCAGCAAUAGGCUCAAGACGUAUGCCAACUUCCCAGAAGCACCUCCGGAGGAGGCUUCUCUCAGCAAUAGGCUCAAGACGUAUGCCAACUUCCCAGAAGCACCUCAGGAGGAGGCUUCUCUCAGCAAUAGGCUCAAGACGUAUGCCAACUUCCCAGAAGCACCUCAGGAGGAGGCUUCUCUCAGCAAUAGGCUCAAGACGUAUGCCAACUUCCCAGAAGCACCUCAGGAGGAGGCUUCUCUCAGCAAUAGGCUCAAGACGUAUGCCAACUUCCCAGAAGCACCUCAGGAGGAGGCUUCUCUCAGCAAUAGGCUCAAGACGUAUGCCAACUUCCCAGAAGCACCUCCGGAGGAGGCUUCUCUCAGCAAUAGGCUCAAGACGUAUGCCAACUUCCCAGAAGCACCUCAGGAGGAGGCUUCUCUCAGCAAUAGGCUCAAGACGUAUGCCAACUUCCCAGAAGCACCUCAGGAGGAGGCUUCUCUCAGCAAUAGGCUCAAGACGUAUGCCAACUUCCCAGAAGCACCUCAGGAGGAGGCUUCUCUCAGCAAUAGGCUCAAGACGUAUGCCAACUUCCCAGAAGCACCUCAGGAGGAGGCUUCUCUCAGCAAUAGGCUCAAGACGUAUGCCAACUUCCCAGAAGCACCUCAGGAGGAGGCUUCUCUCAGCAAUAGGCUCAAGACGUAUGCCAACUUCCCAGAAGCACCUCAGGAGGAGGCUUCUCUCAGCAAUAGGCUCAAGACGUAUGCCAACUUCCCAGAAGCACCUCCGGAGGAGGCUUCUCUCAGCAAUAGGCUCAAGACGUAUGCCAACUUCCCAGAAGCACCUCAGGAGGAGGCUUCUCUCAGCAAUAGGCUCAAGACGUAUGCCAACUUCCCAGAAGCACCUCAGGAGGAGGCUUCUCUCAGCAAUAGGCUCAAGACGUAUGCCAACUUCCCAGAAGCACCUCAGGAGGAGGCUUCUCUCAGCAAUAGGCUCAAGACGUAUGCCAACUUCCCAGAAGCACCUCAGGAGGAGGCUUCUCUCAGCAAUAGGCUCAAGACGUAUGCCAACUUCCCAGAAGCACCUCCGGAGGAGGCUUCUCUCAGCAAUAGGCUCAAGACGUAUGCCAACUUCCCAGAAGCACCUCCGGAGGAGGCUUCUCUCAGCAAUAGGCUCAAGACGUAUGCCAACUUCCCAGAAGCACCUCAGGAGGAGGCUUCUCUCAGCAAUAGGCUCAAGACGUAUGCCAACUUCCCAGAAGCACCUCAGGAGGAGGCUUCUCUCAGCAAUAGGCUCAAGACGUAUGCCAACUUCCCAGAAGCACCUCAGGAGGAGGCUUCUCUCAGCAAUAGGCUCAAGACGUAUGCCAACUUCCCAGAAGCACCUCAGGAGGAGGCUUCUCUCAGCAAUAGGCUCAAGACGUAUGCCAACUUCCCAGAAGCACCUCAGGAGGAGGCUUCUCUCAGCAAUAGGCUCAAGACGUAUGCCAACUUCCCAGAAGCACCUCAGGAGGAGGCUUCUCUCAGCAAUAGGCUCAAGACGUAUGCCAACUUCCCAGAAGCACCUCAGGAGGAGGCUUCUCUCAGCAAUAGGCUCAAGACGUAUGCCAACUUCCCAGAAGCACCUCAGGAGGAGGCUUCUCUCAGCAAUAGGCUCAAGACGUAUGCCAACUUCCCAGAAGCACCUCAGGAGGAGGCUUCUCUCAGCAAUAGGCUCAAGACGUAUGCCAACUUCCCAGAAGCACCUCCGGAGGAGGCUUCUCUCAGCAAUAGGCUCAAGACGUAUGCCAACUUCCCAGAAGCACCUCAGGAGGAGGCUUCUCUCAGCAAUAGGCUCAAGACGUAUGCCAACUUCCCAGAAGCACCUCAGGAGGAGGCUUCUCUCAGCAAUAGGCUCAAGACGUAUGCCAACUUCCCAGAAGCACCUCAGGAGGAGGCUUCUCUCAGCAAUAGGCUCAAGACGUAUGCCAACUUCCCAGAAGCACCUCAGGAGGAGGCUUCUCUCAGCAAUAGGCUCAAGACGUAUGCCAACUUCCCAGAAGCACCUCAGGAGGAGGCUUCUCUCAGCAAUAGGCUCAAGACGUAUGCCAACUUCCCAGAAGCACCUCAGGAGGAGGCUUCUCUCAGCAAUAGGCUCAAGACGUAUGCCAACUUCCCAGAAGCACCUCAGGAGGAGGCUUAUCUCAGCAAUAGGCUCAAGACGUAUGCCAACUUCCCAGAAGCACCUCAGGAGGAGGCUUCUCUCAGCAAUAGGCUCAAGACGUAUGCCAAAUUCCCAGAAGCACCUCAGGAGGAGGCUUCUCUCAGCAAUAGGCUCAAGACGUAUGCCAACUUCCCAGAAGCACCUCAGGAGGAGGCUUCUCUCAGCAAUAGGCUCAAGACGUAUGCCAACUUCCCAGAAGCACCUCAGGAGGAGGCUUCUCUCAGCAAUAGGCUCAAGACGUAUGCCAACUUCCCAGAAGCACCUCAGGAGGAGGCUUCUCUCAGCAAUAGGCUCAAGACGUAUGCCAACUUCCCAGAAGCACUUCAGGAGGAGGCUUCUCUCAGCAAUAGGCUCAAGACGUAUGCCAACUUCCCAGAAGCACCUCAGGAGGAGGCUUCUCUCAGCAAUAGGCUCAAGACGUAUGCCAACUUCCCAGAAGCACCUCAGGAGGAGGCUUCUCUCAGCAAUAGGCUCAAGACGUAUGCCAACUUCCCAGAAGCACCUCAGGAGGAGGCUUCUCUCAGCAAUAGGCUCAAGACGUAUGCCAACUUCCCAGAAGCACCUCAGGAGGAGGCUUCUCUCAGCAAUAGGCUCAAGACGUAUGCCAACUUCCCAGAAGCACCUCAGGAGGAGGCUUCUCUCAGCAAUAGGCUCAAGACGUAUGCCAACUUCCCAGAAGCACCUCAGGAGGAGGCUUCUCUCAGCAAUAGGCUCAAGACGUAUGCCAACUUCCCAGAAGCACCUCAGGAGGAGGCUUCUCUCAGCAAUAGGCUCAAGACGUAUGCCAACUUCCCAGAAGCACCUCAGGAGGAGGCUUCUCUCAGCAAUAGGCUCAAGACGUAUGCCAACUUCCCAGAAGCACCUCAGGAGGAGGCUUCUCUCAGCAAUAGGCUCAAGACGUAUGCCAACUUCCCAGAAGCACCUCAGGAGGAGGCUUCUCUCAGCAAUAGGCUCAAGACGUAUGCCAACUUCCCAGAAGCACCUCAGGAGGAGGCUUCUCUCAGCAAUAGGCUCAAGACGUAUGCCAACUUCCCAGAAGCACCUCAGGAGGAGGCUUCUCUCAGCAAUAGGCUCAAGACGUAUGCCAACUUCCCAGAAGCACCUCAGGAGGAGGCUUCUCUCAGCAAUAGGCUCAAGACGUAUGCCAACUUCCCAGAAGCACCUCAGGAGGAGGCUUCUCUCAGCAAUAGGCUCAAGACGUAUGCCAACUUCCCAGAAGCACCUCAGGAGGAGGCUUCUCUCAGCAAUAGGCUCAAGACGUAUGCCAACUUCCCAGAAGCACCUCAGGAGGAGGCUUCUCUCAGCAAUAGGCUCAAGACGUAUGCCAACUUCCCAGAAGCACCUCAGGAGGAGGCUUCUCUCAGCAAUAGGCUCAAGACGUAUGCCAACUUCCCAGAAGCACCUCAGGAGGAGGCUUCUCUCAGCAAUAGGCUCAAGACGUAUGCCAACUUCCCAGAAGCACCUCAGGAGGAGGCUUCUCUCAGCAAUAGGCUCAAGACGUAUGCCAACUUCCCAGAAGCACCUCAGGAGGAGGCUUCUCUCAGCAAUAGGCUCAAGACGUAUGCCAACUUCCCAGAAGCACCUCAGGAGGAGGCUUCUCUCAGCAAUAGGCUCAAGACGUAUGCCAACUUCCCAGAAGCACCUCAGGAGGAGGCUUCUCUCAGCAAUAGGCUCAAGACGUAUGCCAACUUCCCAGAAGCACCUCAGGAGGAGGCUUCUCUCAGCAAUAGGCUCAAGACGUAUGCCAACUUCCCAGAAGCACCUCAGGAGGAGGCUUCUCUCAGCAAUAGGCUCAAGACGUAUGCCAACUUCCCAGAAGCACCUCAGGAGGAGGCUUCUCUCAGCAAUAGGCUCAAGACGUAUGCCAACUUCCCAGAAGCACCUCAGGAGGAGGCUUCUCUCAGCAAUAGGCUCAAGAUGUAUGCCAACUUCCCAGAAGCACCUCAGGAGGAGGCUUCUCUCAGCAAUAGGCUCAAGACGUAUGCCAACUUCCCAGAAGCACCUCAGGAGGAGGCUUCUCUCAGCAAUAGGCUCAAGACGUAUGCCAACUUCCCAGAAGCACCUCAGGAGGAGGCUUCUCUCAGCAAUAGGCUCAAGACGUAUGCCAACUUCCCAGAAGCACCUCAGGAGGAGGCUUCUCUCAGCAAUAGGCUCAAGACGUAUGCCAACUUCCCAGAAGCACCUCAGGAGGAGGCUUCUCUCAGCAAUAGGCUCAAGACGUAUGCCAACUUCCCAGAAGCACCUCAGGAGGAGGCUUCUCUCAGCAAUAGGCUCAAGACGUAUGCCAACUUCCCAGAAGCACCUCAGGAGGAGGCUUCUCUCAGCAAUAGGCUCAAGACGUAUGCCAACUUCCCAGAAGCACCUCAGGAGGAGGCUUCUCUCAGCAAUAGGCUCAAGACGUAUGCCAACUUCCCAGAAGCACCUCAGGAGGAGGCUUCUCUCAGCAAUAGGCUCAAGACGUAUGCCAACUUCCCAGAAGCACCUCAGGAGGAGGCUUCUCUCAGCAAUAGGCUCAAGACGUAUGCCAACUUCCCAGAAGCACCUCAGGAGGAGGCUUCUCUCAGCAAUAGGCUCAAGACGUAUGCCAACUUCCCAGAAGCACCUCAGGAGGAGGCUUCUCUCAGCAAUAGGCUCAAGACGUAUGCCAACUUCCCAGAAGCACCUCAGGAGGAGGCUUCUCUCAGCAAUAGGCUCAAGACGUAUGCCAACUUCCCAGAAGCACCUCAGGAGGAGGCUUCUCUCAGCAAUAGGCUCAAGACGUAUGCCAACUUCCCAGAAGCACCUCAGGAGGAGGCUUCUCUCAGCAAUAGGCUCAAGACGUAUGCCAACUUCCCAGAAGCACCUCAGGAGGAGGCUUCUCUCAGCAAUAGGCUCAAGACGUAUGCCAACUUCCCAGAAGCACCUCAGGAGGAGGCUUCUCUCAGCAAUAGGCUCAAGACGUAUGCCAACUUCCCAGAAGCACCUCAGGAGGAGGCUUCUCUCAGCAAUAGGCUCAAGACGUAUGCCAACUUCCCAGAAGCACCUCCGGAGGAGGCUUCUCUCAGCAAUAGGCUCAAGACGUAUGCCAACUUCCCAGAAGCACCUCAGGAGGAGGCUUCUCUCAGCAAUAGGCUCAAGACGUAUGCCAAAUUCCCAGAAGCACCUCCGGAGGAGGCUUCUCUCAGCAAUAGGCUCAAGACGUAUGCCAACUUCCCAGAAGCACCUCAGGAGGAGGCUUCUCUCAGCAAUAGGCUCAAGACGUAUGCCAACUUCCCAGAAGCACCUCAGGAGGAGGCUUCUCUCAGCAAUAGGCUCAAGACGUAUGCCAACUUCCCAGAAGCACCUCAGGAGGAGGCUUCUCUCAGCAAUAGGCUCAAGACGUAUGCCAACUUCCCAGAAGCACCUCAGGAGGAGGCUUCUCUCAGCAAUAGGCUCAAGACGUAUGCCAACUUCCCAGAAGCACCUCAGGAGGAGGCUUCUCUCAGCAAUAGGCUCAAGACGUAUGCCAACUUCCCAGAAGCACCUCAGGAGGAGGCUUCUCUCAGCAAUAGGCUCAAGACGUAUGCCAACUUCCCAGAAGCACCUCAGGAGGAGGCUUCUCUCAGCAAUAGGCUCAAGACGUAUGCCAACUUCCCAGAAGCACCUCAGGAGGAGGCUUCUCUCAGCAAUAGGCUCAAGACGUAUGCCAACUUCCCAGAAGCACCUCAGGAGGAGGCUUCUCUCAGCAAUAGGCUCAAGACGUAUGCCAACUUCCCAGAAGCACCUCAGGAGGAGGCUUCUCUCAGCAAUAGGCUCAAGACGUAUGCCAACUUCCCAGAAGCACCUCAGGAGGAGGCUUCUCUCAGCAAUAGGCUCAAGACGUAUGCCAACUUCCCAGAAGCACCUCAGGAGGAGGCUUCUCUCAGCAAUAGGCUCAAGACGUAUGCCAACUUCCCAGAAGCACCUCAGGAGGAGGCUUCUCUCAGCAAUAGGCUCAAGACGUAUGCCAACUUCCCAGAAGCACCUCAGGAGGAGGCUUCUCUCAGCAAUAGGCUCAAGACGUAUGCCAACUUCCCAGAAGCACCUCAGGAGGAGGCUUCUCUCAGCAAUAGGCUCAAGACGUAUGCCAACUUCCCAGAAGCACCUCAGGAGGAGGCUUCUCUCAGCAAUAGGCUCAAGACGUAUGCCAACUUCCCAGAAGCACCUCAGGAGGAGGCUUCUCUCAGCAAUAGGCUCAAGACGUAUGCCAACUUCCCAGAAGCACCUCAGGAGGAGGCUUCUCUCAGCAAUAGGCUCAAGACGUAUGCCAACUUCCCAGAAGCACCUCAGGAGGAGGCUUCUCUCAGCAAUAGGCUCAAGACGUAUGCCAACUUCCCAGAAGCACCUCAGGAGGAGGCUUCUCUCAGCAAUAGGCUCAAGACGUAUGCCAACUUCCCAGAAGCACCUCAGGAGGAGGCUUCUCUCAGCAAUAGGCUCAAGACGUAUGCCAACUUCCCAGAAGCACCUCAGGAGGAGGCUUCUCUCAGCAAUAGGCUCAAGACGUAUGCCAACUUCCCAGAAGCACCUCAGGAGGAGGCUUCUCUCAGCAAUAGGCUCAAGACGUAUGCCAACUUCCCAGAAGCACCUCAGGAGGAGGCUUCUCUCAGCAAUAGGCUCAAGACGUAUGCCAACUUCCCAGAAGCACCUCAGGAGGAGGCUUCUCUCAGCAAUAGGCUCAAGACGUAUGCCAACUUCCCAGAAGCACCUCAGGAGGAGGCUUCUCUCAGCAAUAGGCUCAAGACGUAUGCCAACUUCCCAGAAGCACCUCAGGAGGAGGCUUCUCUCAGCAAUAGGCUCAAGACGUAUGCCAACUUCCCAGAAGCACCUCAGGAGGAGGCUUCUCUCAGCAAUAGGCUCAAGACGUAUGCCAACUUCCCAGAAGCACCUCAGGAGGAGGCUUCUCUCAGCAAUAGGCUCAAGACGUAUGCCAACUUCCCAGAAGCACCUCAGGAGGAGGCUUCUCUCAGCAAUAGGCUCAAGACGUAUGCCAACUUCCCAGAAGCACCUCAGGAGGAGGCUUCUCUCAGCAAUAGGCUCAAGACGUAUGCCAACUUCCCAGAAGCACCUCAGGAGGAGGCUUCUCUCAGCAAUAGGCUCAAGACGUAUGCCAACUUCCCAGAAGCACCUCAGGAGGAGGCUUCUCUCAGCAAUAGGCUCAAGACGUAUGCCAACUUCCCAGAAGCACCUCAGGAGGAGGCUUCUCUCAGCAAUAGGCUCAAGACGUAUGCCAACUUCCCAGAAGCACCUCAGGAGGAGGCUUCUCUCAGCAAUAGGCUCAAGACGUAUGCCAACUUCCCAGAAGCACCUCAGGAGGAGGCUUCUCUCAGCAAUAGGCUCAAGACGUAUGCCAACUUCCCAGAAGCACCUCAGGAGGAGGCUUCUCUCAGCAAUAGGCUCAAGACGUAUGCCAACUUCCCAGAAGCACCUCAGGAGGAGGCUUCUCUCAGCAAUAGGCUCAAGACGUAUGCCAACUUCCCAGAAGCACCUCAGGAGGAGGCUUCUCUCAGCAAUAGGCUCAAGACGUAUGCCAACUUCCCAGAAGCACCUCAGGAGGAGGCUUCUCUCAGCAAUAGGCUCAAGACGUAUGCCAACUUCCCAGAAGCACCUCAGGAGGAGGCUUCUCUCAGCAAUAGGCUCAAGACGUAUGCCAACUUCCCAGAAGCACCUCAGGAGGAGGCUUCUCUCAGCAAUAGGCUCAAGACGUAUGCCAACUUCCCAGAAGCACCUCAGGAGGAGGCUUCUCUCAGCAAUAGGCUCAAGACGUAUGCCAACUUCCCAGAAGCACCUCAGGAGGAGGCUUCUCUCAGCAAUAGGCUCAAGACGUAUGCCAACUUCCCAGAAGCACCUCAGGAGGAGGCUUCUCUCAGCAAUAGGCUCAAGACGUAUGCCAACUUCCCAGAAGCACCUCAGGAGGAGGCUUCUCUCAGCAAUAGGCUCAAGACGUAUGCCAACUUCCCAGAAGCACCUCAGGAGGAGGCUUCUCUCAGCAAUAGGCUCAAGACGUAUGCCAACUUCCCAGAAGCACCUCAGGAGGAGGCUUCUCUCAGCAAUAGGCUCAAGACGUAUGCCAACUUCCCAGAAGCACCUCAGGAGGAGGCUUCUCUCAGCAAUAGGCUCAAGACGUAUGCCAACUUCCCAGAAGCACCUCAGGAGGAGGCUUCUCUCAGCAAUAGGCUCAAGACGUAUGCCAACUUCCCAGAAGCACCUCAGGAGGAGGCUUCUCUCAGCAAUAGGCUCAAGACGUAUGCCAACUUCCCAGAAGCACCUCAGGAGGAGGCUUCUCUCAGCAAUAGGCUCAAGACGUAUGCCAACUUCCCAGAAGCACCUCAGGAGGAGGCUUCUCUCAGCAAUAGGCUCAAGACGUAUGCCAAAUUCCCAGAAGCACCUCAGGAGGAGGCUUCUCUCAGCAAUAGGCUCAAGACGUAUGCCAACUUCCCAGAAGCACCUCAGGAGGAGGCUUCUCUCAGCAAUAGGCUCAAGACGUAUGCCAACUUCCCAGAAGCACCUCAGGAGGAGGCUUCUCUCAGCAAUAGGCUCAAGACGUAUGCCAACUUCCCAGAAGCACCUCAGGAGGAGGCUUCUCUCAGCAAUAGGAAUCCCAAAAUCCCUGUGGCUACUGGAAAGGGUCCUUGGGUGCCCUGCCUCACCUCGAGAAGCGUCCCUUUGGCCCUGCCAAGCCUCGAAGAGAUUCCUGAGGUGUCCCUCGUUACUAGACAGGAGUCCUGA